AAGUUAAAUGUUACAAAACUUUUAAUACUACUGUGUUGCAGGUGAAGUUGUUUUGUGGACAAUGGUGACUAAAGUCUUUGUUUUUAAUCCUUCCUAGAAAUUAAGAAGCCACCAGUGGCCCCCAAACCAAAAUUUGUCCUGGGACACAAGGCAGCGCCUCCACCUGUUGCACCGAAGCCUGAUAUUGUACUUUCUGGUGGGAUACAAGCAGCAAAGAAAACCAAGCCAGCAAUUGCACCAAAACCAAAGGUUCUUAAAAGCUCCUCCAUCCCAGAAGUUAAACCUCCAUUGUCUACACGAAAAAACACAAAAAGCUUUGAGGAGCGCAGGGAAGAUUCUUCUCAAACUCUAGACCAUUUGAACUACAAAAAUGAAACCUCAGAAGGAAGUACUGGAAACACAGCAUAUAUUCUACCUGUGUCACAUUGCAAAUUUGAAUGUCUUCAUAAACUUGGAAAUGGAGAGAACACCUGUAAAACUCAGAUAAUUCUUGAGCACUUUGACACCUUAGAGAGCAUCAAGCUUGGUGAAAGAAAUGCAGUAUCUCUGGGGGAUAGUCACAAUGAAAAAUUGGCAAGUAAAAGUCAGGUGGUUUUGAAAGCCAGCAUUUUAGAAGAGAAACUUAAGGAUGUCCUAACUCAUGGUGUGUUUCCUAACAGCAGUCCUGUUAGGCACAGGUAUGCGGACAAAUUUGACAAAGGGGAUGGCAGCAGUUCCAAGACUGAUGUUAAAAUAGAGUUUAUGGAACUUGUACAAUCUUCGUCAUCUUCUGAGGUAGUUAAAGGGAAGCAACAAAAUGCUGAUGGUGAGAUUACUGCUGAUGAUCUUCGGAUGUCUGAAAUUUGUCCUAGUUUGACUGAAAAUAAUCACAGUUGUUCUCCAUUGGACAAGGAAACUCUAGAGAAUGAAAAUUUAAGUAGCAACAGGAUGUUUUCAGGUGAAAUAGGGAUGAAAGCAGAUGCUGAUAAAACCUCCCCUGAAAUAUCUUCAGUCCUGAGCUCCAAAGUGCUUCCUAUCCCUAAGCCGAGAAAGCCACGUGCCGCAUGUCUAGUCCGUCAGGAUGGCAUAGACAGCACAGGAGAAGGAAUAAAGGAACCUAAUUCAGAGAAAGAUUCUUAUGGUGUUGUGGACCAAAGCUUAAAAAAGCCAGCAAGAAUUAAUGUCCUUGCUCAGAGUGUUUGCUAUAACAAUAAUGCAGAAGUGUUUCAUCCUGAAAAAUGUGAGGUAACUCAAAGCAAUGCAGAAAAAAUGCCUCAGGUAAGGGAGCCUGCUGUGAAAGAGUCAGCUUCACAGAAUCUUUUGCCUCAGCUUUUACAUGGAAGUCCUGAUUUGGUGAGACAUGUUGAAUCUUCUUUAAAUGCAGGCCAUAAUUGCAUGGAUGAGAUAACAGAUCAUGCCAGUAUGCCAGAUGCUGUGGUCAAAAGGACUGACUUUGUCAGGUGUGAUGCCCUGUCCAUGAGUUUGCCAAAGCAGCUCAAACUGGCAAGCAGUCAGCACUCAUCUGCUUCAAACAACCUCCAUGUUUCCUCACAAAACUUGGCAAAUAAAGAAUUUAAAAUAAAGGAUGAGAGUUCCCCAAAAGUUAUUCCUAAGAAACCACAGAGGCAUGGCCUUCCAGCUGCUGGAUUGCUGAAAAAAGCUGCAUCAGCAGAGCUUGUGGACAAAAGUUCUUACACCUCCAGUGAGGACAAAUCAAACAGCCUUCUAGAAGGAUCUCACUUCGCACAUGCACGAGCCAAGGAGCAGGAUGCACUUUUGUCCUGUGACAUACCCAAACGUUCUUCUGAAAAACCCGUCUGGAAGUUACCUCAUCCUAUUCUUCCAUUUUCAGGAAAUUCUGAAUCAUUAAAAACUGCUACCAGCUUCAGCCACUUGACUGUUGUGACAAAACCUCGGGCCAAGUCUCUCUCUGCCAUGGAUAUGGACAGGACAGACAAGCCCUGCAAAGACCACCAUCACAAGAAAAAUAGCUUGAAAAAGCUUCUGAACAUGAAACUGUCAGUUUGCUUAAAGAAAAGUGACUUCCAAAAAUUUCUGUCUAAAGGCAGCCAGUCAGUGGAGAGUGCUAUUGCCAACCUUUCCAAUGGGGAUGGGUAUGGAAAUAACAACAGGAAUAUAGGGUCUGUAGGCAGUGAAAGGAAAUCUAAAUCUGCCAAGGCGCACUCCGUAGAAAUAAGUAGUCUGGCAUUACAGAAGAAGAGGCAGCGGAACAGAAGUCAUCCUGAGAUGCGAAAUAACCAAAGGCUGGAUUCUUUAGAAAAACAUGGACUUUUGGGAGAGAAUUUGUCCCAAAUGCCUUUGAAUUCUGUAACCAGCAUUUGUGAUCCAGAGUACGAGAAUGUACGUCACUAUGAGGAAAUACCUGAGUAUGAGAACUUGCCUUUUGCUAUGGGUGCUAGGAGAAAUCUCUGCUCUGAAUGGCAAAACUCCAGCAGCGUGGAAGACCAGAGCACUGACUUCUAUGAAGUUGAGGAGCCUUGUGAAUCUACAAGCAGGCGUUGGAGACUUGACAGGUCCUUAGAAGAACAUCAUGAUCAUCCCAACGUGGUAAUGGGAGAUCUUCAGUCAGAUGAAGAAGAUAUCAUGAACAGUUCUGAUGAAGAUGAUGACACAAAUUCUGAUUCCAGCAAAGGGGAAACUGAUCUUCAAGAAGAUAAACAGGGUAAGGCAGCUGGAAAGAAAACAAAGGUUUACCAUAUUGCUAAGGAGAUCAUGAGCUCAGAGAAAGUGUUUGUGGAUGUGCUAAAGCUCUUACACAUUGAUUUCCGGGAUGCUGUGGCACAUGCCUCUAGGCAACUUGGAAAGCCAGUGAUUGAGGACAGAAUCCUGAAUCAGAUCCUCUACUACCUACCUCAGCUCUACGAACUCAAUCGGGACCUCCUGAGGGAACUGGAAGAGCGAUUAUCUCACUGGCUUGAGCAUCAAAGAAUUGCUGAUAUAUUUGUUAAAAAGGGUCCCUACCUGAAGAUGUAUUCAACGUACAUCAAAGAAUUUGAUAAAAAUGUUGCAUUAUUAGAUGAACAGUGUAAGAAGAAUGCAGGAUUUGCAGCAGUAGUCAAAGACUUCGAGAUGAGCCCCCGCUGUGCUAGUCUGGCCCUCAAGCACUAUCUGCUCAAGCCAGUUCAGAGGAUUCCCCAAUACAGGCUCCUGUUGACAGAUUAUUUAAAGAAUCUUUUAGAAGAAUCUGCAGACUAUAGGGAUACUCAAGAUGCUUUAGCUGUUGUCAUAGAAGUUGCAAACCAUGCCAAUGACAUCAUGAAGCAGGGAGAUAACUUUCAGAAACUCAUGCAGAUCCAAUACAGUUUAAAUGGACACCAUGAGAUCGUACAGCCAGGACGGGUCUUUCUGAAAGAGGGGACACUAAUGAAGCUAUCACGGAAGGUCAUGCAGCCAAGAAUGUUUUUUCUGUUCAAUGAUGCCCUGUUGUAUACUACUCCAGUUCAGUCAGGGAUGUAUAAACUCAACAACAUGCUGUCACUGGCUGGAAUGAAGGUUAAGAAGCCAACCCAGGAAGCAUAUCAGAAUGAACUGAACAUUGAAAGUGUAGAGAGAUCCUUCAUUCUUUCAGCGAGUUCUGCUACAGAAAGAGAUGAGUGGUUAGAAGCUAUCUCCAAAUCAAUUGAAGAAUAUACAAAAAAGAGAAUCACAUUUAAUCCAAGCAAAAGUCUUGAAGAGGCAGAUCCAGAAAAACAGGAAGAAGAUAGUCCUUUGGGAUCAAAGGCUCCCAUCUGGAUCCCUGACACGAGAGCCACGAUGUGUAUGAUCUGUACAAGUGAAUUCACGCUGACAUGGAGAAGGCACCACUGCAGGGCGUGUGGGAAGAUUGUCUGUCAAGCUUGUUCAUCAAACAAACAUGGCUUAGACUAUAUGAAAAACCAGCCAGCUAGAGUAUGUGAUCAUUGCUUCAGGGAGCUACAGAAGCAAGAUAACCAGUGCACUCCUAAGAGUGGAUCCCCAGUCAACCAUAAAUCUCCAUCAAGUGCCUUGUCUACUGUAUUACAAAGUAUUCCCUCUGGAAGAAAGCAGAAAAAAAUUCCUGCAGCCCUCAAAGAAGUUUCAGCAAACACAGAAGACUCUACAAUGAGUGGCUACCUACACAGAUCUAAGGGCAGUAAGAAACCAUGGAAACACCUGUGGUUUGUUAUAAAAAAUAAGGUGCUAUACACAUAUGCUGCCAGUGAGGAUGUGGCAGCAUUAGAGAGCCAGCCUUUACUUGGAUUCACAGUCAGUGAAGUAAAAGGUGAAAAUUCAGAGUCUAGAGUGUUCCAUUUACUGCACAAAAACACUUUAUUUUACAUAUUCAAGGCAGAUGAUCCCCAUUCAGCUCAAAAGUGGAUAGAAGCUUUUCAAGAAGGCACUGUAUUAUAGCAGUGUCAGCAUCGUGUCUGCAAGUUUAAAGGAAAAUAUCCAAGGAUGGUCAUAAAACAGACUACAGCAACUGUUCAAAGAAACAGAAUCCUGCCAUCGCAACCUACACAAAAUUGUAUAUUUGUCAGGAUUAGGAGUUGUUGCAUUUUUAGUGUAAAGUAAUAUUUUUCUAAAGAAUUGUAUGUAUUUCUGUGUUGAUACAAAAUGUGUUAUUUAUUAAAUUCCAGUGUUUACUUAAA